GGCGGUAGCGGCAGCGGGUUGUCACCUCUUUCCCUUCCCUCUGUCUCUCUCUCUCUCGCCUUCCUUCCCCUCCCCCCCUUCUCUCGCCUUCCUCACCGGCCGCGAGGCAGAGACGAGGAGAAGAGGGCGCGUGCGCGGGAGAGACUGAGAGACGGGGGCGACAGCGGCUGAGAGAAAACCAGAGCGCGCGAGCCCGGCUGAGGGGAGAAGGAGGAGGGGGCCGCGCGCGUGCGCCCCCUGAGAGGCGGAGGAGGGGGGAGGAGGAGGAGCAGUUUCUCAAGUAUCCUAUUUUUCAUUAUGGACUGAAGCAACUCCAGCUAAGCUUUAUUGGCAAGCAAGAAAAAACAGAGUGUGCGUCUACAUUGUAGUUUGCCGGUAGCUAAAGCUCAGAAGAGAGAAUCCACAACAGUGUAAAUGAGUCAGAAUGGAUCAAGAAGGUGGGGGUGACUUCCAAAAAACCCCUAAUUUUCAGUGGAGAAACUACAAGCUCAUUGUUGACCCAGUGCUCAAGCGGGCACCCCACAAGAUCUAUCGCUAUGAUGGGGUGCAUUUCAGCCCUAAUGAUUCGGGCUAUGCCCCUGUGGGUGAUGUGCGGGAUCCCAGGCACCGGAUAUGGUCCAAGAACAGAGACCUUUCCCUCCCUGUCCCAAAGUUUAAGCUGGAUGAAUUCUACGUGGGCCAGAUCCCUCUGAAGGAGGUGACCUUUGCCCGGCUCAAUGACAACAUCAAGGAGCCCUUCCUGGCUGAGAUGUGCAAAAAAUAUGGCGACAUUGAGGAGAUUGAGAUCCUUUACAAUCCCAAGAACCGCAAGCACCUGGGCCUGGCCAAGGUGCUCUUCACCAGCACAAGGGGAGCAAAGGAAACCGUCAAGAACCUGCACAACACUUCAGUCAUGGGCAACAUCAUUCACGCCCAGCUUGACAUCAAAGGUCAGCAGCGAAUGAAGUACUAUGAGCUGAUUGUGAAUGGUUCCUAUACGCCUCAGACUGUCCCCACAGGAGGCAAAAUGCUGAACGAAAAGUUCCCAACAGACUCGUCAGAGUCUCGAAGGCGCCAUUCGACUGACUCCUCUUACCUUGGCAAUACAAUGCCUUCAACGCCUGGCAAUGGUACGCCCUGCUCCCAAGACACUCCCUAUUCCAGCGGACGGCAAGACACACCUUCUUCUUAUGGCCAGUACACACCGCAGUCAUCCCAGGGAACUCCAUACACCCCUCGGGGAGGAACACCGUAUUCCCAGGAUUCUGCUUACUCCAGCAGGCAAGGGACACCAGGCUACUCUACUUACCAGCCGGAGUCAACGUCAUACAAAUCCCGCCGGCACGAGAACAGUUUUUCAGACUCCUACUCCCGGCGGCAUUAUUCCUCUUCAUCAUCUUCAUCCUCUUCUUCGUCAUCCUCCUCCUCCUCUCACUAUCGCAGCAAUGACCAUCACUACCCACCUUUUAGUCAGCAGUUUGAUGGCACCAGUGGCAGUGGUACUGCUACAGUUAGUGGCAGCCGGUACCAGCGCCAUUCCUCCACUUCCGAAGGGCGCUCCUCCUCCUCCUCCUCCUCUCAUCGCUCCCAGCAAAGAGAGGACUCUGGCUUCCAUUCCCGACACAGAGAGCGCUCCCAACGGGAUGAUACCCCUUCCUCCACUGCCGUCAUCACCACUGCUGCCACCUCCACCACUACCACCGCCUCCUCUUCCUCCUCCUCCUCCUCAUCCGCUUCUUCAUCUGUGGCAACAGUAUCGGACAGUGCGCAGUUUCAGAACAGUCACACUUUUGCUCAGCAGAGUGCAGAGCAUUUCCCAGCACCCAGUGUGCUCUACCCAACCUAUACAGCAACUCCAGAGCCUUUCUCCUUACCUUCUGAACCCCACCCUGUGGACCAAGAUUAUCGGCUGCUCCCCACAGCCGAGACUUUUGCUGCCAAUUCCCUGCCUCCCACAGAAUUUCUCGCUCAGGAAUCUAAGGAGAACAUCAGCCCAGCGAUAACAGCGUCUCUCGGGGCUGACGAUCGGUCCCACUCUCCUGCCGUGCAGACCUCCCCAGCUCGGUCUGGCUCUCCAGCCCCUGAAACCACCAAUGAGAGCGUCCCCUUUGCUCACCACAGCAGCUUGGACUCCCGCAUUGAGAUGCUGUUGAAAGAGCAGAGAUCCAAGUUCUCUUUCCUAAAUUCGGACACAGAAGAGGAAGAGGAGGAGAAAGGAGGGCCCCCCAAGGGGGUGGAGCCACAUGGGCCCUGUACUCCACCACCACCCCUCCCGGUCAGUUUUGAAGAUGUGGUGCCUGCGUUGGACAUGGGAUCAGGAGCAGAAUCCCCCAAAGCAAAUGGGCAAGACAAAGCAUCUCAGCAUUCAUCGGGUGAGGACAUGGAAAUUUCAGAUGAUGAAGCAGAGGUGGAGCCCCCAACCCCUGUGGCAGGAGUGUCUGAAUCGCAUUUUUCUGUAAUGUCUUCAGCCCUGGGCCACUUACCGCUGGGUGUGUCCUCUUUUACUCAACACCACAGGCCAGAGCCACCACCGCCACCCCCUGCCUAUCCUCUACAGCCUCUCAUGUCAGUCUCCAUUCCCCACCUGACGGGUAAAACCCACUCGCUGUCUGCCUAUGGUCAGGUUGGGCCACGGCAUGCACACCGCCUGUCAGACUUCAGGGGGCGAGGGGGCGUGGUUGGUGGGGGCCGAGGUGCCCCCCACAUCUAUGACUUUGUGAACUCAAUGGAACUGAUGAACCGCUUGGGCAACCAGUGGGGUGGGAUGCCCAUGUCCUUCCAGAUGCAGACACAGAUGCUGAGCCGCUUGCAGCAGCUCCGUCAGAGCAAAGGCCAGUUUGAGGACCCUUUCUCCUACCACCGGGAGGCAGCUUCAUUCUGCAGUCGGCCUCUCUAUGGACAUGGCUACCUAAUGGACCAGGGAGGGCGUCACUUCCAGAGAGAUCAGUUGUUCAUGCAGCAGCAGCCAUCUGCCAUGGGCACUUCAGAGCAACAGCAUUCCUCAGAGCAGCCCCCUCUUCCACCCCCGCAGCGCCUCCUUGAUUUUCGGGCAGCCCCAUGGGGGUACCAGGAGGAAGUGGUGCCACCCCCGCCCCUCCCCAAGGACCCCCAUGCCUCAGUGGUGGACAGUGUCCUUGCUACGCUUAUGCAGGAGAUGAAGAGUAUCAUGCAGCGGGACCUCAAUCGCAAGAUGGUGGAGAAUGUGGCUUUCAGCACUUUUGACAAGUGGUGGGAGCGCAAGGAGGAGAAAGCCAAGCCUUUCCAAAGUACUGCUAAGCAACCAGCCAAGGAGGAGGAGAAGGAUAAAACCAAACUGAAAGACCCUGCCCUGCUGUCCCUGGUUGACUGGGCCAAGAGUGGCGGUACUGGUGGUGGCUUGGAGGGGUUUGGCUUUGGGACCGGCUUUCGAGGAGUUCUCAGGCUCCCAUCCUUUAAGGUGAAAAGGAAAGAGCCGUCUGAAAUCUCUGAGGACAGUGAGGUGAAACAGCCCCGCCCAUCUACUCCUGCUGAAGAGGAUGAGGAGGACAAAGAGUCCUCCCAGAUGCCCAAAGUGUCCAAGAGGGAUGAUGAGCGGAUCAAGGGCCCGGGAAAACGGCGGAAACUUUUCUGCCUGGACAGUGAAGGAGAGGAAGCAUCUGAGGAUUCAUCUUCUGAGAAGGAGGAAGAAGAGGAAGAUCGGCGAAGGGAAGAGGCAGAAGGUGCCAGGGAACGCAGGACAAAAGGCAAGGAAUCAGAAGAUGAAGCUGACAGCGAUGGUUCCUCCAAGUAUUCUCUUUACGAAGAGUCCGAUGAGGACAGCGACAGCACUUCUGACUCUGAGAGCAGCUCUUCAUCCUCGUCUUCCUCGUCUACCUCCUCCUCAUCAGAUGAGGAGGAGGCUGAGAGUAUGGAGGAAAUGGAUGACUCUGUCAUGGUCAGUUCUAUGAAGCCACUGCUGGGCCCAGAAGAGAGAGCACAGCAAGCAACUGAUGCUGAGCUGGCCAGGAAGAAACCAGAAGCUGGAGGGAUCCAAGGCCUUGUGGUAGAGGAGAAACCUGCUCCUCUGGAGGACAGCAAACCAGUCCCACCACCAGAGGAUGUUGGAACAGUAUCGAGACCAGAAGAGCGGCCUUCCUCACCUAUUCCACUCCUGCCUCCACCCAAGAAACGCCGGAAAACAGUCUCCUUCUCUACUCCUGGUGAGGAUGACUCAACCAAAGGGGCCUUGGAGAAGCUGCCUGACUUGGCUGCCCCAGCUCUUCUUCCUCCACCUCCUCCUCCUCCUGCCCCCACAGAGGAAGCACAACUCCCAUUAGUGCCUGUGGAACCCACACUACCACCCCAAGUGUCCUUAACCUCAGAUGCCCCAAGUCCAGUUCCUUGCUCCCUGCCUUCUGCAACGUUCCCCACCAGGCCUGUGGUUCCUGCCAGUCGGAAGCGGGAGCCCCCAAAAGCCAGCCAAAGAACAAUCAGCAACCUUCCUGCUGACCACGCCUCCCUGGUGAAAUGUUGGUCAGAUGAGCUGCUGCCAGCUGGCCGGUCCCGAAACCGCUCUCGAUCUCGUAGCUCAGAAGCCCUGCGGGUACUGCAGGCCCCAGAAGAGGACAAGCUGCGCAUGCGUGAACGAAUGGGUGCCUCCUCACUGCUAGAGCUGGCAAAUCAACCUGACCUGGCUGUGCUGGCGGAUGUGGCUCUCAAGAUGCCUCCUGGUGCAGGCAGCGAAGACUCUGAGGCGACAGAGACCUCUGAUGAGGCUGAGGAGCCCAAGGCCUCGCUGCCUCCUGCACAGUCCCUUGAAGUCAGCAGCAUUCUCUUGGAGCACAACUAUGCUAUGGCUGUCCGUGCAGCACCAGUGACUGUUUCCCGCAAGCCGGAUGAUGCACCUUUGCUGGGCUCUGCUAACCUGUUGCUGGUGGAUUUGUAUAGUGAGCCCAUGAGUGAGGUCUUGGAGGCUCCCGAGGAGGUGGUGGCAGAUGCCAGUGAGAUCAAAGCCGAACCAGAUGUGGGUGACCUUCUUACGCUGCCCCCACCACCUUCCCUGCCAGCUGAGAAGCCAAAGGCAGCUGUCUUGGAGCAGCAGCAAGCCAAAAAGCCUCCUCACUGGCUCAAGGAAGAGGCCAUAAAGGACUUGGGGGCAUUGCCUUUUGGACCUGAGGAUCUGUUUCCUUCAGAGAGUGAGGAGGAUGAGGAAGAAGAUGAAGAAAGUGCUGACAGCAGUGACGAAGGGGAGAUUCGCAGGAGAUCUCUCCGCUCCCACUCAUACAAGCCCAGCACAGCACAGCCCCCUCCGCCACCUCCUUCCUUUGAGACACGAAGUGAGUUUGAGCAAAUGACCAUCUUGUAUGACAUCUGGAACUCGGGGCUGGAUCUGGAGGACAUGAAGUACCUGCGGCUGACGUACGAGCGCCUGCUGCAUGAGGACAACAGCACGGACUGGCUGAAUGAUACCCACUGGGUCCACCACACCAUCACAAAUAUUGCAAACCCCAAGCGGAAGCGGAAGUCAUCAGACCUGAGGGAGCACCAGACAGGCUGCGCUCGCAGUGAGGGAUAUUAUCACAUCAGCAAGAAGGAGAAGGACAAAUACCUUGAUGUUUGCCCAGCUACCGUGCAGCAGCUGGAGGCGGUUGAUAUACAGCUCCUCCCUCCUUCCCAGGGAACCAACCGCAUCCUAUCAGAGCGGCGUUCUGAGCAACGACGUCUGCUGAGUGCCAUUGGCUCUUCUGCUAUCCUGGAUAGUGACCUUCUGAAGCUUAACCAAUUGAAGUUCCGCAAGAAGAAGCUACGGUUUGGCCGGAGUCGGAUUCACGAGUGGGGCCUGUUUGCCAUGGAGCCAAUAGCUGCCGAUGAGAUGGUCAUCGAGUACGUGGGUCAGAACAUCCGACAGGUGGUGGCUGACAUGCGUGAGAAGCGGUAUGCCCAGGAGGGCAUUGGGAGCAGCUACCUCUUCCGUGUGGACCAUGAUACAAUCAUCGACGCCACCAAGUGUGGCAAUCUAGCCCGCUUCAUCAAUCACUGCUGCACGCCCAAUUGCUAUGCCAAAGUCAUCACUAUAGAAUCCCAGAAGAAGAUCGUCAUUUACUCCAAACAGCCCAUCAGCGUCAAUGAGGAGAUCACUUAUGACUACAAGUUCCCUAUUGAAGAGAACAAGAUUCCCUGCCUUUGUGGCACAGAAAAUUGCCGGGGCACCCUGAACUGAGAUGGACCCCUGCCGUUCAUAUUUAUUUUGUUCGUUCCCCACCCAUAUCCACACCCUUUACUGGCUUCAGCUUGACUCCUCUCCGCUUCCCACAGCGUUGUGCUGGGAAAACUCAUUGCUCUAUGAUCCCUCCAGACACCUUUUAGCUACCAGGUAAUUAGAGAACACUUCUGUCAUCAGGUUCUGAUCCAUAAGAAUUCCCCUUUUCUUCCUCCGAGCUAAUCUGCCAGUUGGUAGUUCUCUUGGUUUGUUUAGAUUCAUGCUUCCAGCUCCCAGUUUCUCCCUGGAAAAAUAAAUUAGGCUUAGAGAGAGAAUACCUGUAGAUUUUGACUCCAGCAAAAGUCAGUGAGCCACAAACAACUUGUGGAAAUCCAGGGACUACUUGUGGUUAAUUCUACAAAUCUUCUGGCUCUGUUCAUGGAUGCAGAGAACCACUGUAGCAUAUGUUGAGGAGGAGGAGGACAAUUUAGGGUGUUUCCCCUGAAAAUACUCAUUUGGGGUUUCAAUUUUCCAGCAUGUAGCCUUCCAUAGCAGAACUUUAGAAUGUGCCAGUUGUGCAUAAGAUUUCCCAAUUACAUUCUUUGAAGCAGGGUGAUGUUUGAUGUGUCCCCCUGGCCAGAUGUGGGAGCUGGCCCAGCACCUUCAACUGUUAAGAGGAUUUGUGAAGGUGAAGACUGUCUAUCUGUGUGUGUGUGUGUGUGUGUGUGUGUGUGUGUGUGUGUGUGUGUGUGUGUGUGUGAGAGAGAGAGAGAGAGAGAGAGAGAGAAAGUGUGUGAGUGUUCUGGUUCCUUCCCCCAGAGAAAUCAGUUCUGUAGUUAACGGCAUUGGCUUCCCAUGCACAGAAGGCUUUAGACGCCUCAUGCGCUGUAGCUACUACUCCCAUUGGCUCCUUGGAACAGGAAGGAGUGGUGAGCUGGUGGCACACCCUUCCCCAUCUACCGUCAGGAAGCUUUGGGGCUACACAUCUGAAGCAUAACGAGGCUGUUUUCUCAUACAUAAGCCUCCUUGCUUUCGGAUAUCUGUCGUAAUGAAAGUACUAACCCCUAAUGAAAGUCCUGUCCCAUUAAUACUUCCUAGCACUUGUGGCCACAGAAACAGAGGCCUUGAAAACCAAUUGGGUUGUGUCAUUCAUGUUGCAGUCUCCCUUUUAAGUUCCCGUUGUUUACCCUAUAUCAUAUCAUUUACCCUAUAACAAAGGGGCGUAAAAAACUAACCAAAAUAAUGACGGGGAGGGGAAUUUAAGUUUCUUUCCUUGAUACAAGUUGUGACUUCUACAAAGUUGACUUGCAGCAUAAGCUACAACCUUCCCCCUUCCCAUCCAACCUUAAUAAUUUUUCUUUAGGAGAAGAAAGUUGUGUAUAUAUCUAUUCCAGAUGGAUUGGCUGUUUCUUGUAGAAACACACAAGUUUAUUGGUAUGUAAAUAUAUUUUUUUUGCUUUUCUCUUCAUACUAAAAAGAAACAAAGCUGUAAAUAAUGUUGCAUUGUAUUUCCUUCUGAUUUUUUAGCCCCACUGGCACCCUGCCACCUUUUUUAAUGCAAGGCAGAUUUUUUUUUCCUGGGGAAAAAGUAUAAAACCUUCAAGAUGGUGGAUUAGAGGUCAAAGAGGCAUAUUUCUAAUGGGAGUCAGAUUUGAAAGAUGAAACACUUGGGCAGUGGAUUUAUGAAAAUUUUAAUAGCACAAUACUUUUUGUUGGACUCUUGCCUGAAGGUACCCCUCCAUCUCAUUAAACACUGCUGCAUGUGCACUUGCCAAUGUAACGUGCCGGUUCUACCCUUUCUUUCAGUCUACACAAGCAAAUUGGUCUGAUAGAAACAUCUUCUCUCGUGGAUCCGCAUUGCAACUGUUUCUCAUGCUGUGCUCCCUUUUUGCGUCUCUUGGGGGCAGUUUCAAGACUGACAGCAUAUUCUGCUCUUCCUGUGUUACGGCCUUUGGAUGCAAAACAAGCAAUAUAACUGCAUUGCCCUCUUCAGUGUGCAUUUCCCUCAAGGACUUUGAGGGAGUUUCAGCGAUAGCUGAUUGGAAACGUUUUCAAGGGGGGCUUCCUUUCCAAAGUGGCGGAGUUUUGGCACUUGCCUUGCAAGCCCUGACCAGUUUUGAGGGAUAGCAUGUUCCAAGAAAUGGAAAAUUUCAUCACUGACCUUAGAAAGCUAUAGCAGGACUUGUCCAGAGCAAAUAUUUUGGGGGAGCCAGAAGUUGCAGUUGCUUCACAAGAAAAGUAACGAGUCUGCUGCAUGCUUUAAAAAUCUUAACCUUUGUCUCUCCUCUGCUGUUGUUUUGUUCUUAACACAAGUCUGUGCAACUUUUGCCCAUCACUGCUUAUAGGUUUCCGCCACUUCCUUGCUAUACACAAAACAUCUUAGCAUCUCAGGUAUUGGAAAGGACGAGUUCUCUGAGUAAGGAAAAUAGGAAGUCAGUGCAAAGAAGUAUUUGUUUGUAUGCUGUUAUAUCGCUGUGGAAAAACUGAAGCAAAGCCCCCAAAGGCUUGCCUUCUUGACACUGGCUUCCUUCCCUUUCUCGUCUUGUUUUGUUUCUGAUUUGCCUGUCAUGGUUCAUUCUAUUGUGUAACAAAGCAGAAGUCAUCCUUCUUUUUAAAGAUUCUGUUAUCUGUUUUUCCCCCUUCCUUACUUUCUGAACUUGUCCUCUUCUGUUUGUUAUGUCUGAAACAGCCAUCUCAUUCAGUUUAUUUUAUAAAAGAAUAUCACAAGUAACAGAAGCUUGUAGAUUAUUUAAAAAGACACAAGGCCAGUUUUGGUUCUGGGUUUGAGAGGGAAAAAAUGGUUUUUCUCCCUGCAGUAUGUCAUUUCCCAGUCGCCUUCUUCUUGGGUCAAAAUCGCCUAUAAGGGGAGGAUAAAUGUAAUCGUCUGUGAUUAAAUGGGUAAAUGAAAAUUGGCCCUUCUAGCUUGUCUGUUUUACAUCCCUUGAGUUGCUGUCAAAGCUGAAGAAUAGUUUAUCUUCAGAGUGCUGUCCGUAAUUACUGAAAACUUGAAUAGCCUCCAACUUCUAAACAAUCCUUUGUUUUUAAAAAUGACUACUAUCUUUCUGUUUCUGUAGAUGUUCUUAGUUAUUCAGAUUCUUGGAUUCCCCACUCCCCCACCCCCAUAUGCAAGAUAUCUUUUUGGAUUAUUUUACAAAAUAAACUUUCCUCCCUUCUGCCUUAUUCUUACAGUAGCAAAAAGUGUUCCUACCUCUUAACAAAUCAGGCAGUAAGUUUUGAUUGCAGUCAUAUGCAUCUUCCUCAGGGAGUAUUUUCUUCCGUUUUUUUCCAUUUCUCUCACAAGCCUCUUUCCACAGCUCUAGUUUCCUAAUCAGUCUCAUCUCAAAGCUUUAGAAAUUAGAAGCUUCCAAAUCCCCUGGCAGAGUUAAGUCCAACAGCUGCUUCUUAACUACAGCAAGUCAUUUCCUCUCCAUCAACUUAACUUGCCAUGCAUUUUAAUCUACUGAAGAUUUCUUGUUGGCAAGAGCAAACACUUACUGAUAUCUGAUAACAUCCUUAAAUGCAAAUAAAGGGGUACAUGUUUAUGUGGUAGGGGAGGAGAGAUUGAAGCAUACAGGUAUAUCAAGUGUCUGAUUUUAUGAGCUUUUAAUUUUUCUGCUGAAGUUACAUGUCAUGCUGCAAAGUUUGGGGGUGUGCAUUAUUUCACUUCUUUUAUCCCUGUUUCAUCUUCCAGGCAGUAAACCUUCUUGCCUUCCUAACUCUUGUAGGAAAGAUUCCUGAUCCUGACUGCCAUCUUCUCUCCCUCUCCAUAUAUAAACAUACUUCCUUCUAGGGGUCAGCUGAAAUCCACUUGCUCUCUCAUUGGGGAUGGCUGUGCCUCGUUUGUUGACUGGAUUAUUUUAUCCAUUGUGCCCGAAAUCUUUUUGAGCGCUCUCCUCCUCCAGCUUUUAAAUAUUUUUAUGUUAUAAAAUAUGAGCUGGGAGUGAAGUUUCCAUUUCCUUUGCCCUCCGUUCAUCUGGCAGUAUAUUAGUGCUGGUUGUGUGGAAGCUUUUUCCAUUUGUUUAAGUCGGAAAAGGGAGAAACUAUGUGGUCUAAUCAUCUCUGAAGCAUAUUGUACCCUACAACCCGCCUCUGCGGUGCAUUUCCUGACAAAACAGGAAGUGAGGCAUUUUGUUCUAAAGAAGGAAGCAAAUAUCAGAAACCUGCAAUAUUAUUCCAGAUGCUUAAACACCUCCCAACUGUUUUUAUCUUUCAAAGCUGACUUCCAUCUUCCAGUUUGUUGAGCUGAAGGGUUCUAAAAUUAUCCACCCACCCCCACCUCAUUUCUUGAUGUGCAUUGAUCUGUAUAGAUAUGUGUAUAAAAUAUGAUAGAUAUACAAAAUUAAUCUCUCUGUGGAGGAGGGUUAUGCUUUUUAACCUUCCUUAGCAGCGGUUUGCUGAGUUUUGUGUUUAACCCAGAGGGUAGAAAUGUGGACAUAAGGACCGAUUCUUCCCAUCCCCCCCCCACCUUCCCUCACUGCUCAAUGGAUGGGUCCCUUGAAGCUCGCAUAACUACUCUUCUGUCUGUCUAUAUAAAUAUUAUAUAUAUAUAAAUAUAUAUAUAAAUAUAAAUAUAUUUUCAUUUGAUCUUAUCGGCUUCCUACUUGUAAAUAUGUUAAUAAU